AAAAACAUGCGAACGGGGCUUUAAAGCGUCGCGCGCCGGGAAGCAGCGCCGUCCUAGGGCAACGCGGCGAGAAUCGGCACUAUCGUCUCUCUCUCUCUCCCGAACUGGCGAAUCGAUAUUCCGCUCAAAUAUUGACUCCGCGAUUGUGUGUGCGGUGUGUCGCGAGAGCGAGCGCGCGCGAUAGAGAGUCCGUCCCGUGUCCCGUGCAGUUAGGCGGCGAUGCUCCUUUAAAAAAGUGGAGUGCUCUCCGAGUGCGCGCGCGAGUGAGAUAAACUGUCUCCCGAGAAGAGAGAGAGAAUCGAGAGAGUGCCGUUUAAGCGUAGUAAGGUGCGUAAGUCACGUUGCGCGCGGAUAGACGAUACGAUCCCGUGACGACGAGGACGACGGCGAACGACAACAGGACGAUCCGCAACGGAGGAAAUAUGCUGCCGACGAGCACGCUGCUCUGCGGGCUGUUGGCCCUGUGCGUCGGGCUCACCCACGCGAGCAUCGCGUCCGCCUUCGAGUCGACACCUUCGAGCUCCUACGGCAACGAUCAUGGUGGAGUUCCACGACUGGAUCUGGAUAGUCUCGAGAGCGGAUAUCAUGGCCUGGUCAAGGAGAACGAAACUCUGGUCGAGGUCACGCCGCAGAUCCGCGCCCUGGGAACGAAAGUUUGCUCCUUCCGCAUCGCGAACAAGCAUCACGGCGAGGCGCCGUUUGAGAUUGUCCUGAAGGAGAAAGGGAUGGCCGAGCUGCGGGCAUUUCGGGUCCUGAAUUGCGAAAAACGACGUAAUUACAAGUUCGACAUCGCCGCGGUCGGCUGCAAUGGAGCGCAAUCCGAGAACGCCACCGUUCACAUUACCGUGGUUGAUGUCAAUGAGUACGCGCCACAAUUCCUUCAACCAGCCUAUGUCAGCACCGUGGACGAGGGUCGCCUCUACGAGGAGGUGGUUCGCGUCGAGGCAUCCGACCGGGAUUGCACGCCAAAGUUUGGCGACGUCUGCAAGUAUGAAAUCCUCACCGCCGAUCAGCCGUUCAUCAUCGACAACGAGGGCGCCAUUCGCAAUACCGAGCUCCUGGACUACGAACGUUCGCACAAUUAUAUACUCAGCGUGGUCGCGUACGACUGCGGUAUGAAACAAUCGGCGCCGGCGAUGGUUACGGUCAAGGUGAAUCGCGUGUGCGCACCCGGAUGGCGUGGCAUCCCCGAGAGAGUCGACUAUGCCGCGGGAGUUGGCUCGCAGCCCCUGUUGCCUUCGGCGCGACUCGAUCUCUGCGACGCGCCCUGCAUCCUGCGAAACGUGCGCGCCACCCUGACUCUGGCCACCGAUCACAUCGGCAAGGGUUGCGAUCGCGAUACUUAUGGAGUACGUAGCCAGCGGAAAUUGUGCGGCGCUUCGCGGGAUAGCGUGGACCUGCUGCCCACACCCGGACCCACGAGCUCCUGGACGGCGUCCCUGUCCAGGGAUGAAGGUAGAGAAGCCGACGAGAUCUUUGAGUUUGACGGCGUGGAUUCGGCAGCGAUUGUGCCGAAUGACGUGCUGGAGCAUAGCUUGGCGCAGAAAUUCACCAUCGGCGUCUGGGUUAAGCAUCGACCACGUCCGCGACAGGAUCCGCACGUCAAGGAACAUAUUCUGUGCGCUGCUGAUGAUCACAAGAUGAAUAGGCACCAUUACGCCCUGUUCAUAAGGAACUGCAGAUUGAUUUUGCUGCUGCGACGCGACUUCUCCGAGGGCGAUCCUAACAUCUUCCGCGCCGCCGAGUGGCGUUGGAAGCUCGGCCAGGUAUGCGACGAUAAGUGGCAUCACUACGCGAUUCAGGUGGACUUCCCGCGCGUUAACCUUUACGUCGACGGCGAGGAAUGGCAUGCUGAUGAGAAGAAUCCCGAGGUUAUCGAUGACUGGCCUCUACAUCCGGCCAAAGGCGUCAACACCACCCUGGUAGUCGGCGCGUGCUGGCAAGGUUCCGAAAACAAGACUAAACAUAAUUUCCGCGGUUACCUCGCCGGUCUCUCCGUCUUAGUUGGAAGAAACGAGAAACCGGAAGUGCUCUCCUGUCUGCGACGUUGCCAAGAGGGCAUCCACGUGCCGCCCAUGGAUCUGUUGCAACCGGGCACGCAGCUGCUAACCAAUUCUGACCUGACUGAGGUGCGCAUUGAUGGCGACAAUCGCACGAAUGUGGAAACUUUGCUGCGUCGUAUCGGCUAUUCCAACUCUCGGCGUUUUCCGACGCCCGGUCGCCGUAACUUCCGCCUUGACACGACAAUCGUUUGCGAGGGCAGUGAAAACACGCCCCUACCGGUGCCAACCGUGCAAUCCUACGUCACCGUACUGCCACCUCCUCGACCGGGCAUCACUGUCAACGGCACCGGUUAUGUGGCCAGAGAAUACGCAGAUUUCCGGCUGGGAGUGCGCGUAUUUCCCGACGCGCGCGUCACCGCUGGAUCGGCCGCCCGAUUAGACGCCUGCGCUGUCAGCGUUUAUCCCAGUCUUAAUCCCGAUCAUGAAAGCCUAGGAUUACCCGGCGACGCCCUGCUCGCGUUCCACGACAUUUCCGCCCGCGUUGAUCGGGACGGUGUCGUCCUCUCGGGCGCAGAUUCGCCUUACAAUUAUCAGCAGCUGAUCCGUCUAAUUAUGUACACGAACCGCAAGCCAGCUUACUAUCUCGAUCGCGUCUUCAAACUCACUUGCUCCGAGCUGAGCGGUCGCUUCGCCAGUAACGAAUAUGUGCAGACGCUGGCUGUGAUUCAUCCCAAGGAGAAGACGACUCUUCCGCCGACACCCGCGGAACCGCCUAUUGCCAGAAUCGUGGAACCAGCUCCCGGUCAUGCGCAGCUUUCGCCACAUCAUGCCGAUCUGACAGAGGAAUACGCUACAGCCGCGCUUCGCGAAGGCAGUAGAACUAUUGGUGGUACUGGUGGCAGCCACGCUGUGACCAUCGUGGCCGCUGCUUGCAUCGGCUUUCUACUACUGAUGGCAGUAGUGGGCGCUGCGCGGGUCCGCGGGGCGGCUAAACGACGACGAUCCGCUGGUGACGAACUCGCCGCCGAGACAGAGAUGGCCUGGGACGACUCGGCCCUCGCCAUCACCGUGAAUCCAAUGGACAGGUUGACGGAGAACGAUCAACACCACCAGAGCCAGCGAGACGAGGACGUAGACGACUCCGGCAGUUCCGAUUCCGAGGACGGUUCGUUCCGAGAUGACGAUCUCGACAGCUCCGACUGUGAGAACGAUUGCGAGCUUAGUAACGGCCGGAAUCGCCGUCACAAUUCGCCGCACGAUCUGGAAUGGGAUCAUCGUGACGUUUAAAUUACACUACUAUCUUUACACUGAGCAUUCACAUCACCCCUCCCCCCUUUCUUCGAGGUUUUUGGCAUUGAGAAGAGUACUGGCCGCGUGCCGCUUUCUACAAAAUUGCUCCAUCAUUUCUCCACAACGCGCGCGACGCGUUUCGUGGAAGUAUUCAGCGAAAGAGAUUCUCCGCGACGCUAUCAGCAAGUUUCGCGAGUUUGCUCUGCGGGAGUAAAGAGUUUCGGAUCAUUGUCUACGGACGUUUCUCGUCGAAUGCGAUUUGCGUCCGAAAGAUCGAUCGCUCGAAAUUCUCUUUCCGUAUAUCGGAUAUCACGACACGUCGAAGAAAUUAGAAUAUUUACUACGCUUUCGAAUCUUCAGAAUAUAUAGAGUACUAAGAUUUAACGUUCUAACGUGCUUUUACUACCGCUCGCGAUCGAUUCUCUAAACGAUUAUUAUCCCUAUUUAAUGCGCGCGAAAGCAUUAUCGCAUUACAUCCGUCCCCCUUUUGUAGACGACGUCGAUAUAAUUAUUAAUGAAGUGACGAUAAAACACACACGGCAUUCAGUUAGUACUCGUCUGAAGCGCCAGGAAAAAUUUGUAAGAGUGCGGGACGCUUUAUCGAAUAGUUAAAACUCUUUCUACCUACGAACGCACGUCGAUGUUUGGUAGAAUCGGAAAUACACGCAGAAGAUACUUAAACAUUGCCGGGAAUGUAUCUACGACAAAAUUAUUAAUUUAUAUUCUUGAUAUAUCAUUGGUAGUAGAGUAGAACAAGGGGACAUCUUUUUUUAUCCCUCUAACUCUAUCUUUUCUCCAUUUUACUCUAUAUCCUACGAUUAUUGCUAUUUUAUUAUUACUCGUACUAACUCUACGAUUAUGCCACUUUAUAUCGAUAGUUGUUUUCGUUAUUAUUUUUAGGCAGGACGGCCCGGUAGCUGGUAGUUUUAAAUGCGAAAUAGUGUUGAAGCAACUCUAUAUUCUUCCUCGUCUUAUCGACUAAAAAAACUCUCUUAUCUAAGAUCCACAUGCAUUUGAUCUCAUGAAUGUAAUUUUCUUGCAAUAAUUGUGUCUUUCAUAUUUUGAUCAAAAGCGCUCGCGAGUUACGAGCUGACAUAAAACUAAACCGGCGGCGAAACGCGCGUGGUAGUUACGAAGUAAGCUGAAAGCUGCUCGUUUCAGGUUUCAGUAUAGCACGUGAGUCGGGCUGAGCCUGGGCCAUACGAUAACUUGCCCAAUUUUCCAUUUUUAUUUUUAAGUCGUUACUCCUUCGAUAGUUUCUUUGCACACAAUUUUCGCUUCUUUUUCAUUAGAAAAAGAGAGAAAACGGUAGUAAGGACAUUGUCUCACUUGCAUCUUAUAAUAGUGCUUCAACGUCGUUAAAGUAUAUCGGUAUAGCAUCAUAUCCGUAUACAAUGUGUGCGCAUACGGAAGCGGCCGCUUAAUUAAUUAACAGAUGUACCGCCAACUAGUUCGUGAAUACUCGGAGAAAAUGAAAUAUUCAACAAUAGAGAACAAUAUACAUAACGCGAGAAAGCAGAUGCUUCAUAUGUUACGUAAUUUUUUUCCGAGGUAUAAAUAUUCAUUUCUAAUUAAUUAAAAUUAUUUGACACGUGAAGAAUCGGCUUAUACGCGGAUUUAUAUAAUCUUUCCUUGGCGUCGAAAAUUCUCUCAAUUCUCCAACAAGUAUCCGCGAAUUAACGGCAGGUACCGUACGCAUGUGUUUUGUGCGCGCGACACGCACACACACGCUCUACAUAUACAUGCAUAUAUAUACAGCGUCCAUUCAUUAUUCUGUGGCGAGAGUCUCGUCUCGAGUAGUAGACGAUUAUUCUAAAGUAAUGCGCAGCGGCUGGAGGAGCUAUCACGAGCGUGCUUCUCUCAUUUAUUUUCCCCAA